GGCCCAUCUCAAGUCUGAACUCAACACGACCACUCCCACCGGACCCUGGUAUCCAUCAGUCCGUGCUCAUCAGUCAUCAGGCUCUCAGGCCGUCGUGCGUGCCGUCCCUCUGCGCCGACUCCGCUUUCUUCUCCGGAUCCGGUGAAAGCCCCGAUGAUCCGGGCAGCAACGGUGCAUGCUCAACUCCUCCUACAGCCGCGCUCCUACGCAAGCCAGGCAAAGGCGGCGUCCCGCUGGCCUCUCGUCUCCAGGAAGCCUUCGCUUCUUGGGUGUGGGCGUCCUUUCUAUCAGAUGGGCACAAGAGGACAAGAUGAAAAUAAAGUGUUGACUGCAAGAGGGUGCCAUACUUCCCCUGAGAGUCAAGAAUUAGCAAAGAAAAGUUGUGUUCCAUGCAGCUCUAAGGAUUUACAUCCCAUGUCAGAAGAUUCUGCUAAAAAAUUGCUUGGACAGGUGAAUGGUUGGGAACUGACAACUGAAGGUGGUAUUCUGAAAUUGCAUAGAGCAUGGAAGGUGAAGAACUUUGUUAAAGGACUUGAGUUCUUUAAACUUGUUGCUGCAAUUGCUGAGCAAGAAGAUAUGCUUUCUCCAGGUCACCAUCCAGAUCUUCAUCUUGUUGGUUGGAAUAACGUGAAAAUUGAUGUUUGGACUCACUCUGUCAGAGGUUUAACAGAUAAUGAUUUCAUCCUUGCUGCAAAGAUCAAUCAUCUCAAUUUAGAAGGCAUUUUAAGCAAGAGAGCCAAUGUCCAGAAGUAGCUCAAACGUGUCGACCAAAUCAGACCUAUUUUUACGUGCUCCACUCCCAACUUUUUACAUGCAACUCGUAUUUCUUGGGAAGCUGUAUACGCAUGGUGAAGUCAAAUGUCAGGUCUCCUGAUUGUGAGUUUUGACUUGCUGAAAAAUAGUAUAGUAGUACAUGUUCAGUAGCUAAUUUUAAUUUGCUAAUUUCUUCGAGAUAGAUUACUUUCAGUCAGUAGCUCAGCUGCUGCGGUAGGAGCAGGUGGGCAACUAGGCAAUAAAGGUCGAAUUCUCUGCUA